AGGAAAUAGGAAUCAAGACCCGCGGGAACAGAGGCGACGCAGGACUCAAGGGAGCAAUGGUAUGCGUGGCAGUUACGUGCACUUGUUUGUACUCUCGACCGAGUCUCCUGAAGCCUUUUUUUUUUCUUUUUUAGUCUAAGCGUGCAUCAACAACAUUUCUACAGCUCUAAUCUGUCUUCUAGCUCUAGUUUUCCUGCUUAAACCGUAUAAAUGGAUAGAUCUUUUGGGGCAACGUAAUCAAGCAAGAGAGAUUCACAAAACCAAAUAGUUGUACUAUAUAGAAUUAUAGAUGCGGUGACCGAUCGACAAGAUGGCGGGUUUAACGUGGUUACCAUUCUUAGCAUCCUCACUGUUGAUGAUGGUAUCCCUAUUCCAGUCCUCACAAGCUGCAGGAGUUGCCGUCUACUGGGGUCAAAACGGCGAUGAAGGAAGCUUGGCCGACACAUGCGCCAGUGGAAACUAUCAGUUCGUGAACCUGGCAUUUCUGACAACCUUUGGCGGUGGAAACACACCAGUAUUGAACUUAGCCGGCCAUUGCAACCCCGGCGCAGGCACCUGCACCUCCUUAAGUGUUGAAAUAAAUGAUUGCCAGAACCAAAACAUCAAAGUGCUGCUUUCCCUUGGAGGUGCGGUUGGAAACCAGAGCCUUACUUCCGCCGACGAUGCAAGGCAAGUCGCCAAUUACCUUUGGAACAAUUUCUUGGGCGGUCAAUCACGUUCCCGCCCGCUUGGACAUGCUGUUCUAGACGGUAUAGACUUUUCUAUUGAAAGCGGGACAGGCCUGUAUUGGGACAAUCUGGCCAGGGCGCUCUCUGGAUUCAGCUCGCAGAAAAAGGUGUACUUAUCUGCGGCUCCACAGUGCCCGUUCCCUGAUGCUGAUCUAAGCACAGCUAUCAGCACUGGCCUUUUCGAUUAUGUCUGGAUACAAUUUUACAACAAUGGGCAAUGUCAAUAUUCGACUAAUGCUGAUAACCUGAUAGCGGCAUGGAACCAAUGGACCUCAGUUCAUUCCAAUCAGAUCUUCCUAGGAGUACCAGCAGCUCCAGCGGCUGCGGACGGAGGGUAUAUUCCACCGGAUGCGCUCAUUUCUCAGGUUCUACCAUCCAUCAAGUCCUCUCACAAGUACGCAGGGGUCAUGAUCUGGAACAAAUAUUUUGACAGCGGAUAUAGUUCAGCUAUCAAAGAGCAGGUUGCUGCUUCUAGCCCUUCGAUUGCUCCCGGCUCUGGCUCUCCUUCAUCACCCGCCGGGCCUCACAGUGGAAGAAAGAAAUCGAAGAAUUUAAGGGUGAAGUUAUAUGUAGUUGGUGCUGCCAUAGCAACUUCUCUAGCAGCUCUUGCAUUACUUUUCUGGUGUUGCAAAUUGCGAAAGAGAAAAGGUAACCAUCGAAACUUCAUGGGUUCAGAAAUGCCAGAGCUUGAUGACAAUGAAGAUGAUGAAUCACUGUUCUUCAGUUUUACAAGCAUAGAAAUUGCCACAGAUCAUUUUUCUGAGGAAAACAAACUUGGUCAAGGAGGAUUUGGUCCAGUCUACAAGGGCAAACUGGUUAACGGGUUAGAGAUUGCAGUUAAAAGAUUGAAUAGAAUGUCAGGACAUGGAAUUGAACAAUUCAAGAAUGAAGUCAAAGUAAUCUCAAAGCUGCAACAUCGAAACCUUGUUAGACUUUUGGGCUCCUGCCUUGAGAAAGAAGAGCGUUUACUGGUAUACGAGUACUUGCCUAAUAACAGUCUGGAUUCAGUACUUUUUGAUGCAGCAAAGCGGAAUAUAUUGGAUUGGAAAAGAAGGUUGAAAAUCAUUGAAGGAGUAGCUCAGGGGCUUUUGUACCUCCACAAGUAUUCUAGAUUAAAGAUCAUCCACAGAGAUUUGAAAACGAGCAAUGUUUUAUUGGACGCGGACCUGAAUCCCAAAAUUUCAGAUUUUGGAACCGCCAGAAUUUUUGGAGAGAAUGAAAUGCGCGGAAGUACAAUGAACAUUGUGGGGACAUAAAAACAAGUGGUUAUAUGUCUCCUGAAUAUGCCAUGGACGGGGUUUACUCCGAGAAGUCUGAU